UCCAACCGUCACAGACGGACAGUGGACGGUCCAGCCUCCCUUGCUUUAUAGCUGCUGCAGCCGCACUCACCAGCACACUGGAACCAAACUAGCUUGUGACAGAAGGGUUCUUCCAUGGCGACGUCUACCCCCUUCCUGCUCCUGGUGCUCCACCUGUGCAGCGGAUCCCUGGGCCAGCCUCCGGAAGACCUCACCAUCAGCACGCUGAACGGGAAGGUGCGAGGGACCCGUCUGUCCGUCCUGGGACACGACGUGAGGGCGUUCCUGGGCGUUCCCUAUGCUAAACCGCCACUCGGGGAGCUCCGGUUCCGAGCCCCCAAGCCCGCAGGGAAAUGGGAAGGGGUGAAAAACGCCGCCAAUUUCUCAAAUACCUGCUAUCAGCUGCCGGAUACACUCUUUCCAGAGUUUAGUGGGGCAGAGAUGUGGAACCCCAAUACACCAGUGAGUGAGGAUUGUCUCUAUCUCAAUGUCUGGACCCCACAUCUCAAAGGCAAACCACAAACAUUGCCUGUGCUGGUGUGGAUCUAUGGAGGCGGGUUCACCUCAGGGACUUCCUCCUUGGCCCUGUACGAUGGACGCUUCCUGAGCCAAUCAGAAAACGUGGUGGUGGUGUCAAUGAACUAUAGGCUCGGGGCGCUGGGCUUCCUUUCGCUUCCUGAAAGCGAUAAUAUCCGUGGCAACGCAGGCUUACUGGACCAGCAGCUAGCUCUCCGCUGGGUCGCAGAUAACAUUGCAUUUUUUGGAGGUGACUCCUCAAAGGUGACUCUGUUCGGGGAGAGUGCCGGAGCAGCGUCGGUAGGCUUCCACCUCCUGGCCCCCAGCAGCCACGGUCUGUUCCACCGGGCCAUCCUCCAGAGCGGCGUCCCCACCGCGCCCUGGGCCAGCCUCAGCCAGAGAGAGACUUGGAAGAGGAGCUUGAGCCUGGCGUCUCUCCUGGGCUGUCCCCGGUCCCCUGCUGCUGAUCUGGAGCGCUGUCUCCAGAGAGUCGACCUUGUGGACAUAGUGACCGAGCAGUUCCAGGUGUUGACUGAGGCCUCCAUCCUCGGGUUUCCCUUCGCGCCGUCCGCCGAUGGACUUUUCCUACCUGACGAACCAGAGGUGUUGCUCAAGACUGGCAACUUCAAGAAGAUUGAGGUGCUUUUCGGUCUGAACCAGAAUGAAGGGACGUACUUUCUAGUCUACGGCAUGCCUGGCUAUAGUCUCGCUGGCGAGAGCCCCAUCAGUAGGAAGUUGUUUAUUGAAGGCAUACCACUCGCACUACCAGGAACCAACAACAUCACAAAAGAGGCAGUCAUUUUCCAGUACACCAGCUGGAGUGAGGUGGACAAUGAGGUGAAGAACAGAGAUGCCAUGGGUGACCUGUUAGGACAUCAGUUCUUCAGUUGUCCCACAUUAGAGUUUGCACGCAGGUAUUCCGAGCACGGAGGAAAAGCAUUUUUCUAUCUGUUUGAUCACCGCUCAUCUGCCAACCCCUGGCCAGCAUGGAUGGGCGUGAUGCAUGGCUACGAGAUAGAGUUUGUCUUUGGGAUGCCGUUGAAUGCCUCUCUUAAAUACACGGAGAGGGAAGUAAACAUGAGCAGGAGCAUCAUGAAGCAGUGGGCCAACUUCGCCCGGACAGGAAAUCCAAGCAACAGCGGAGUUCCCUGGCCCCUAUUUCAGGCAGAAAGCCAGUUCUAUCUGACUCUGAACACCAACCAGCCUCUACAAAGGAGCAAGAUGAUCGCUCAACAGUGUCAAUUUUGGACCAAUUUAGUACCAAAGAUCCAAGGAGUGUCAGAAGCUCUCGACUCUUGCAUGGAAUCGUCUGGGACUCUGGGCAGCAGCUGUAACUUCCUCAUCGUUGGGAUGAUGCUCCUUACAUUCUCCUUGCGGAUUGCGUAAACAGCGAAUUCACCGGCAAACAGCCAGCUGAUGCCCCUUCAAAGAAUUAUGGUAAUAAAGUCAAAUCAUAAGUGUAUUCUUUUUCUAAAAUAUUUUUCAAAUGAUAGCAAGGACUGCUACAACAAUGAGGCUACACAGAUGGAUUGCAUAAACAUAGCCCUUUUGACUUUUAACGUUCAAUGCUGUACAAUGUACCAAAUUAAGAAAUACAUUAUUUUG